AAUUUAUGGAUAGCUGGACAUAUCAAACAGGAUUUCCUCUUAUACAAUUAAUUGCUUUAAAUUCGACAUCAGUUAUAGCUAGUCAAGUACAAUUCUUUUAUUUACAAGAGCCAAGUUCAAAUCCUUCUUCGUGGAAAGUUCCAUUAUUUAUUAAUGGAAAUAAUACAAAUAAUGGAAGUGAAGAUGUUCUUAUUCUUGAAAGAGAUUCUGUUAUUUUGCCUCGUUAUCAGAUUGUCGACCCAAAAGCACACGGUUAUUAUCGUAUCCAAUAUGAUCCCGAAACCUAUGAAAAUAUUAUUUGUACAUUAUUCACUAACAUGACUUUUAUUAAUUUGGCAAGUCGUGCUCGCCUUUUAGAAGAUGCAUUUACAAUAGCUAGAACUGGAUUAAUAUCAUUUGAAUUAGCAUUUAGAAUGAGUGAAUAUUUGGUAGAAGAAAAGGAAUAUUUGCCAUUACUUGUCUUUAAUAAUCAUUUACAACAUUUGCUUCUUUUACUUAGAAAUCAUAAUAAAUCGUAUUUAAUUAGGUCAUUUAUUUUGGAAAUGUUAGAGACACAAUUUCACCGACUUUUUUCUCCACAUUUUAUUAAUAAUGCUGAUAUUAGCGACACAUUAAGAGAAUUUGCUAUGGUUCAACUUUGCCAAUGGAAUUAUCCUCCAUGUAUUGGACAUUCCUUGAGAGAGUUCUCUAGAGUUAGGUUUGCCUGUCGUGAUCGAAAAAUGAGUGACCAACAGUGUAAUAACACAGCUAUUCGGCAUGGAAAUAUUGAUGACUUUGAUUUUCUUUGGAGUAAAUAUUUAAUUGAAGAAUAUGAUUCAGAAAGGGGUCGAAUACUUUCUGGCCUCGUUGGCACAACAGAUAUUAAACUUGUUGAAUUAUCAUUAAAUAGAUUUAUUGAAAAUAUAAGAAAUACAACAUUAAUUGGUUUUAAUCCUGAAGAUUUUUAUGCUUUUCUUUUAAAAUUUGUUAGAUCCCCGAUACUUAAUGAUGUUGUUGAUAGCAUGAAAAGAAAUUUUAAAAUGUUUACUAAUAAGUAA